AUGAAAUCUUCUAUUGUAGGGCUUGCUGCGGUGCUGCAACUAGCAGUGCAUGCUUCUGCACAGGAUGGUCAAUCCAGUCCCUCCGACCUCGAGAAUUACUGGUCUUAUGGCCGCUCAGAGUCGGUACCAGAUACACCUGUUGCAAAGGGAUUGGGGGAUUGGGCCGAUGCCUAUACCAAAGCCCGGAAGCUCGUUUCCCAGAUGACCGAUGAAGAGAAAAAUAACAUUACCUACGGACACGAAUCAACAACAACUGGAUGCUCAGGAGUGACUGGCAGCGUCCCGAGACUAGACUUUCCGGGGAUUUGCUUUCAAGAUGCCGGUAAUGGUGUUCGUGGAGUUGAUAUGGUUAACUCUUAUCCCGCUGGUAUCCACACCGGUGCGUCUUGGAACCGGGAUCUUGCCCAUUCUCGGGCAGAGCACAUGGGCGCUGAGUUCAGGCGAAAGGGUGCCAAUGUGGCACUAGGUCCUGUUGUUGGACCAGCAGGCAGAAUGGCCUCGGGAGGCCGCAACUGGGAAGGCUUUGGAAGUGAUCCUUAUCUUUCAGGAGCUCUCGCAGCAGAGUCUGUCCGUGGUUUGCAGCAGAACGUCAUUGCAUGCGUCAAACAUCUCAUCGGAAAUGAACAGGAGACCAGCCGGAAUUCUCCACAGCUAUUAGAGGGCUCCCAUAACCAGUCUAUUUCAUCAAAUAUUGAUGACAAGACUAUUCAUGAGCUUUAUCUCUGGGGGUUCCAGGAUGUCGUCAAGGCAGGCGCUGGAUCUGUUAUGUGCAGCUAUAACCGCAUCAACAAUAGCUACGGAUGCCAGAAUAGCAAGGUCAUGAAUGGUCUGCUGAAGGGGGAACUCGGCUUUCAAGGAUUCGUGGUGUCUGACUGGACUGGUCAGCACACCGGUAUUGCCAGUGCAAAUGCAGGCAUGGACAUCGCCAUGCCGGACUCCCAGUAUUGGGAGAAUAACACCCUAGCCAUAGCUACCAAGAAUGGUUCGAUGCCUGACUUCCGACUUGAUGAUAUGGCAACACGAAUUAUCGCCUCUUGGUACAAGUAUGCCGAGAUACCAAACCCCGGUCAUGGUAUUCCUGUUAGCCUGCUCGAGCCUCAUGAUCUUGUCGAUGCCCGGGAUCCAAAGUCAAAGAAUGUCAUUCUCCAAUCAGCGAUUGAAGGUCAUGUUCUUGUCAAGAAUACAGCAGCAGCACUUCCUUUGCGGAAGCCGAAAUUUCUCUCACUCUUUGGAUACGACGCUAUUCCUUCUGCCUUGAAUACUGCUGACGACAGCUCGCUGGGUGGCUGGUCCAUGGGCCUUCAAAAUGCCCUUACAUAUCCCAAUGGCAGCGCGGUGAAUAACGAGACCGAGAAAUACAUGUUUCUAUCGAGCACAGACCCCAGCUUCCGUGGCCCAGGUGUCGCAUUCAAUGGCACCCUCUUUGCUGGGGGUGGUUCUGGCGCCAGUACACCUGCCUACAUCGAUGCCCCACUCCACGCGUUCCAACGCCAGGCAUACGAUGACGAUACCUACAUGGCCUGGGACUUAAUAUCCCUUGAGCCUCACGUGAAUCCUGCCAGUGAUGCCUGUCUCGUCUUUAUCAAUGAGGCUUCCUCCGAAGGCUGGGAUCGACCAUAUCUCGCAGAUCCAUCUUCUGAUAAGCUUGUUAAGAAUGUCGCAGCCAAGUGCCCAAACACUAUGGUUGUCAUUCACAAUGCGGGACUGCGCCUUGUCGACGAGUGGAUUGAGAACCCCAAUAUUACUGCUGUGCUUUACGCUCAUGUUCCAGGCCAGGAUAGCGGCCGAGCCCUAGUCGAGGUCAUGUAUGGCAAACAGUCUCCUUCGGGUCGCUUGCCGUACACUGUCGCCCGCAAAGAGUCUGAUUACCAGGAUCUUCUUGAGCCGGUUAUUCCUUCAGGCACGCAAAAUGAAUACUAUCCUCAAGACAAUUUCACCGAGGGAGUCUACAUUGAUUACAAGGCCUUCAUUCAAAACAAAAUUCAACCACGUUUUGAGUUUGGAUAUGGAUUAACAUACUCGAAUUUCUCAUACUCGGACCUCGAUGCCAGUGUUCAUUCCAACGCCAACUUGCAGUAUACCGCUGCCGGAAGUGGUGCGAAAAUUGCGGAAGGGGGGUCUGAGGCGCUAUGGGACAUUGUCGCCAGCGUAAAUUGCACUAUUCAAAACACUGGAAAGGUUCGCGCCGCAGAGGUAGCUCAACUCUACGUUGGUAUCCCGGGAGGGCCUCCAAAGGUGCUGCGUGGGUUUGAGAAGAGGACCAUUUGUUCCGGCAAGAAGGAGCAUAUUCAAUUCGACUUGACGCGUCGUGAUCUCAGUCGGUGGGAUGUAGAGGAGCAGGCCUGGGGGCUUCAGGCUGGGAAGUAUCCCAUCUAUGUGGGGAAAAGCGUUCUUGAUAUCCAGUUGCACGGCAUGUUGGAUAUCUCUUGA